AGCGGCGGCGGCGGGGCAGCCAUGUCGCCUUUGUCCGCGGCGCGGGCGGCCCUGCGGGUGUACGCGGUGGGCGCGGCGCUGAUCGUGGCGCAGCUGCUGCGCCGCUGCGUCCGGGGCUUCGUGGAGCCAGGUCGUCCCGAAUGAGCGGAGGCCCAGCCGGGGGCGGCGCGAUGGAGUGCAAGAGCCUGGAGGGCGGGCAGAGCGACCUCAAGCUGGUGGCGCACCCGCGCGCCAAGAGCAAAGUGUGGCGCUACUUCGGCUUCGACACGAACGCCGAGGGCUGCAUCCUUCAGUGGAAGAAGAUCUACUGUCGCAUCUGCAUGGCCCAGAUCGCCUACUCGGGCAACACCUCCAACCUGUCCUACCACCUGGAGAAGAACCACCCCGACGAGUUCUGUGAGUUCGUCAAGAGCAACACGGAACAGAUGCGCGAGGCCUUCGCCAGCGCCUUCUCCAAGCUGAAGCCGGACCCCGCGCAGCCCGGCGGCACGCCUGAGACGGUGGCCGCCAAGGCCGGCGCGCAUGGCCACGAGAGCCGCAAGCAGCAGGAGCUGACCACCGCCGUCAUGGGCCUCAUCUGCGAGGGCCUCUACCCGGCCUCCAUCGUCGACGAGCCCACGUUCAGGGCGCUGCUGAAGGCUGCCGAGCCACGCUACGAGCUGCCGAGCCGCAAGUUCUUCUGCGGCAAGGCCAUCCCCGAGCGCUACGGCGCCGUGCGCGAGGCGGUGCUCAAGGAGCUGGCGGACGCCGCCUGGUGCGGCGUCUCCACCGACCUGUGGCGCAGCCAGACCCAGAACCGCACCUACGUGACGCUCUCGGCGCACUUCCUGGGCCGCGCGGCCCCCCACGGGCUGGCGGUGGGCUCCCGCUGCCUCAAGACCUUCGAGGUGCCCGAGGAGAACGCGGCCGAGACCAUCACGCGCGUCCUCUACGAGGCGUUCAUCGAGUGGGGCGUCCACGCCAAGGUCUUCGGCGCCACCACGGACCGCGGCAAGGACCUGGCCCAGGCCUGCUCGCUGCUGGACAUCCCGGUGCACAUGCCGUGCCUGGGCCAUACCUUCGACGCGGCCAUCCGCCAGGCCUUCCGGCUGCCCAAGCUGGGCGCGCUGCUGGGCCGCUGCGCCAAGCUGGUGGCCUACUUCCAGCAGUCGUCCGUGGCCAUGGUCAUGCUCCACGAAAAGCAGAGACAGCAGAACGCGGCCCCGUGCAUGCUGGUGAGCAACCGCGUGGCCUGGUGGGGCAGCACGCUGGCCAUGCUGCGGAGGCUCAAGGAGCAGCAGUUCGCCGUGGCCGGGGUCCUGCUGGAAGACACCAACAACCACCACCUCAUGCUGGAGGCCGCCGAGUGGGCCACCAUCGAGGGCCUGGUGCAGCUGCUGCAGCCCUUCCAGCAGGUGGCCGAGAUGCUGUCGGCCUCCAAGUACCCCACCAUCAGCAUGGUCAAGCCGCUGCUGCACAUGCUGCUGAACACGACGCUCAACCCCAAGGAGACGGACCCCAAGGAGAUCAGCAUGGCCAAGGAGGUGAUCGCCAAGGAGCUCGCCAAGACCUACCAGGAGAGCCCCGAGAUCGACCUGUUCCUCAACGUGGCCACCUUCCUGGACCCGCGCUACAAGAGGCUGCCGUUCCUCUCCACCUUCGAGCGGCAGCAGGUGGAGAACCGCGUGCUGGAAGAGGCCAAGGGCCUCCUGGAGAAGGUCAAAGAGGGCGCCUACCGCGCUUCCGAGGACAAGGCGGCCGCCCCGCCCGAGGAGCCGCCGCCGGCCAAGAAGCCGGCGCCCUCGCCCACCCCGCCUCCAGCCAGCGUCAUCAACGACAUGCUGGCCGAGAUCUUCUGCCCCACCGGGGGCGUGGAGGACCAGGAGGAGUGGCACGCCCAGGUGGUGGAGGAGCUCAGCAACUUCAAGUCGCAGAAGCCCCUGGGACUCAACGAGGACCCGCUCAAGUGGUGGUCAGACCGCCUGGCGCUGUUCCCCGUGCUGCCCAAGGUGCUCCAGAAGUACUGGGCCGUGGCGGCCACGCGCGUCGGCCCCGAGCGCCUCUUCGGCUCGUGCGCCACCGUGGUGAGCGCCAAGCGCAACCGCCUGGCCCCCGCGCACGUGGACGAGCAGGUCUUCCUGUACGAGAACGCGCGUGGCGGCGCCGACGCCGAGCUGGAGGACGAAGACGAGGGCGAGUGGGGCCUGGACCACGAGCAGGCCUUCGCGCCCGGCGAGGCGGCCCACGCCGGCUUCUUCGGCGUCAGGGACGGCAGCUUCGUGUAGCCGGGGCUGGGGCUGGCUCGCACCGGCAGGGCGGGGGCGGGUGCACAGCCGCGCGCUGCGGGGCGGUACCCUUCUGGAUGCUCGGCUGUUGGGACUAACGGCCCCGCCACCCCAGCGCGGACCGGCGCACUGCUGCUGGGAAUGCGGGAAUCGAGCAGAAGAGAGACACGGAUCUUUGUGGGGGUGUGUGUGUGUGUGUGCGUGCCCCAGAGGGGAGACGCGGACUCUGGGUGGUCCAGAGAAGGGAGACGGACUCUGGGUGUCUCAGACAAGAGAGACGGACUCUGGGUGGCCCCAGAGGACAAAAACGGACUCUGGGUGGUCCACAGAGAAGACAGACAGACUCUGGGUGUCUCAGCCAAGAGAGACGGACUCUGGGUGGCCCCAGAGGACUGAGAUGAACUCUGCAUGGUCCACAGAGAAGAGAGAGGAGGCUCUUGAGUGGUGCAAACCUGGUGAAAACAAGUGUUUGCUCUGCGGGGGGCGGCGGCUGUGGUGGGGAACCCCCUUGUAUUCCAGGAACGGGGAAAGAAAUGACUUGUAAAAACCGGAGGCGUCCGCCCAUCGGAUUACAAAUCAUCAACGCCCCCGACGCUAGCAUGGCCGGCGGGGGUGUUCUGACUCCCUCUGUUAAUUCCGUACCUGUAGUGUCCAUGUCCUCACGCCAGGGAGGGUUUGGGGUGAAUCAGAAACAAAUGGAAAUCAGGGGGCCGCUGAGGAAGAAAGCCCCUUCCGUGUUCCCCAAAGCCCACCUCCCCGUGAGCACCAUUUGCACGCCCCACCCCUGCCCCGGGCACCAUCCGCGGCUGUUAGCCCGGUCGGUCCGUAAAGGAACACGACUACCUUGUCAAUUACCAGGGAACCUGGAGACACGCUUUAGCCACCCGCCCUGUUUUCAAGGCGUGAUGGAACAUGUUACCCUUGAACCCGUAGUGCCAUCGCUUAUAAAAAAGCCGAAGAAGAAA